AUGGUUUGGAGGGCCUGUAACAAUUGUAUUCCUACUAAGGACCUGUUGCAUUAUCGUCGGAUAGAUAUUGAUCUUCAAUGUCCAGUUUGUAAUGGCGCAGCUGAAUCGGUUACUCACGUUUUCAUUCAAUGCCCAAUGGCAGCUGGUUGUUGGCGAUCUUCUAUUAUUGGCUUGGGUGGAGAUACGGCCUCUAAUUUAGUUGAUUGGAUUUCAGGUGUGUUUCAUAAUUCUUUCCUAGACUUGGUGCACCUGGUAUGCAUGGUGUUGUGGGGUUUGUGGAGAAACAGAAAUGAAAUUGUAUGGAAUAAUAAGAGACAAACAGUUUCCCAAGUGUUGAAUUUAGCAAGCUCCUUCCUUUUCCAAUGGCAAUCUGCCCAAGUUCUUCCCAAUGAUGAUCAGCUGCCACUGAUGGAUGAGGGGGUGGUUUGCUGGCAAAAACCAAGUGUUGGCUGGUUGAAGUGUAAUGUGGACGGUGCUUUAUUCCAGGCUCAAAAUAAAUUGGGGUUCGGUUGGGUGUUACGUGAUGGUUUGGGUCAAAUGCAGGCUGCUGGUAGUGGCGCUUUGAGAGGGUUUUUGGAUGCUGGGUUGGCUGAAGCUUUAAGCUUUCGUGAGGCCCUUCGGUGGUUAAAAGAUAAUGUUAUUUCCAAUGUUAUUAUUGAGUCUGAUGCGCUGAUCAUCGUGCAGGCUAUGAAGUCUUCAUGUUUGGAUAGCUCUUACAUUGAUGUUAUCAUUGAUGAAUGCAAAUCUCUUUUGAAGGAGAUAAACAACUAUAGGAUUUGUUUCGUGCGGAGAUCAGCGAACUCUGUGGCUCAUUUACUAGCUAGAGCGGCAAGUUCAUUGACUGGUGUCCAUGUUUGCUGGAGCUUCUCAUCAAAUGUCUUUGCUUUGUUGACUGCAUCUUUCCCUAAGAUAAAACCAUUAGCAAAGGCAGCAGGUGGCAGCUUGUGGCACCUUGUAUUCUUCAGCCAGAGUUAUGGUGGUCGUCAAAUGGAGAGAAAACAAGGGUUCUUUUCGGCACUUAAAGGGGAAGUGGUUUCGACGCACCAAACCUCUUGCCGUCACGUGCAGCGGUCGGAGCAGUUAAUUGAGAGAUCCAGAAACCUGAGGGCUGCAGAGGCUCGCCGCUGGAGGAGGGUCCGGACGGUAAUGACCGCAGAGAUUCAAUGA